AUGAAGAUCAGUCUCAUCGUCCUCAACGGCCUCUUGGCUGGUGCCAUGGCAGUGCCAACUGGUUCUCAAGUUGUUCACGAAAAGCGAGACACCAACAAUGCUCGAUGGAUCAAGCGUGAGGCGGUCGAUCCCAACACCAAGGUUCCAGUCCGGAUCGCCUUGAAGCAAAGCAACUUGGAUAAGGGCAUGGACUAUCUUCUUGAUGUGUCUCACCCAGAGUCUUCCAACUACGGCAACCACUACACGGCUGACCAAGUUGUUGAUCUUUUCGCUCCUAGCGAUGAGUCUAUCAACAGUGUGAAGGCUUGGCUGGUUAAGUCUGGCGUACCGGCCACUUCCAUCACUGCCUCCAAGAGCAAAGGCUGGCUGAGCUUCACAACGACUUCUGGGCAGCUCGAGUCGUUGCUCCACACUUCGUUCAGCACUUAUGAUCACGUCGAUGCUAGAAAUGUCCAUAUUGGUACAGACGAGUACAGUCUUCCCAAGGAAAUCUCUCAGCACGUUGACUUCAUCACCCCUGGUGUUGUCUUUGCCCCCGUGAAGACAUCCGCCAAGAAGGAAAAGCGUGGCCACAAGUCUAUUCGCCGCGCUUCCAAGCCCCUUCCCGCUCAUAUUGCGCAAAUUUUGGCAGCAAACCCUCGGGCGACAUCGACCUGCGGCUCUGCAAUUACCCCCCAGUGCAUCAAGUCGAUGUACAACAUUACCGCCGGAACUUCCGCUAUUUCUAGCAAUGCACUGGGCGUCUUUGAGGUUGAAGAUACCUAUGCUCAACAAGAUCUUACUCAAUUCUGGAAGUCAUUUGCUACGAACAUCCCAUCCACUACUGGACCUAAGGUUGAUGGAAUCGAUGGUGCCAAAGCCCCUACCAGCCCUAUCAACGCCGGUGGAGAAUCUGACUUGGACUUCGAAAUCGCUAUUCCCAUCAUCUACCCUCAGACAACAGUCCUCUACCAGUCUUCUGUUAAGAACGAUGAUAUUUUCAACACGUUCCUCGACGCCAUUGAUGGAAGCUACUGCACAUUUUCUGAUGAUGGCGAGACUGGCGAUGACCCUACUGUUGAUGGCACAACUCGCAAUGAGCAGUGCGGUGCUUUCAAGCCUACCAAUGUCAUCUCCUUCUCCUACGGCACUGCUGAGGCUGACUACCCUACCUAUUAUCUUCAACGUCAAUGCGAUGAGUUCAUGAAGCUCGGUCUUCAGGGCACCAGCAUUGUUUUCGCCAGUGGUGACGAUGGUGUUGCCCGCCGCUCUGGUCCUUGUCUCGGCUCAAAGCGCAACAUCUUCACUCCUGGUGAACCUGCCAGCUGCCCCUAUGUUACCUCGGUCGGUGCUACAACUCUUCCAUCCGGUAGCGUGCCUGGCGACGAGGAGACUGCUGUUACAUCUUUCUCAUCUGGCGGCGGUUUCAGCAACAUCUGGACCACCCCGAGCUACCAAGCCAGCGCUGUCGCUGCUUACUUUGCCAGCCACGACCCCGGCUAUGCCUCGUACAACACCUCAGCUGGUGUGAUCCCCACCACUGGCGGAAUCUACAACAAAGCUGGACGUGGUUACCCCGAUGUUUCUGCUGUUGGUGACAACGGUGUUGUUGUCAACGACGAGGAGCAAGUCCUUGAAGGCGGUACCUCUAUGGCCACUCCUCUGUUCGCUGGCAUCUUGACCCGAAUCAACGAAGAGCGUAUCACUGCCGGCAAGAGCCCGAUCGGUUUCGCCAACCCUGCACUUUAUGCCAACCCUGCCAUGUUCAACGACAUCACCGUCGGCAACCAAGCCAAGGGUGGCCCCAACGGCGAUAGCGGUGCCAGUGCUUGCGGUAACAAGGGCUUCUCCGCCGUUGCUGGUUGGGACCCAGUGACUGGUCUGGGAACACCCAACUACCCUGCUCUGCUGGAGUAUUUCCUCGGUCUCCCAUAA